AUGGGGCCGCUGAGAAGACACCAGAUUGGCGGGUUUACUGGCCAGGAACCCGUCUACAUAAACCGCAGCCUCACGUCUGGCAGAAGGAAACUACUCGGCUUGGCUCGUCAGCUGAAGAGAGACGGCAAAAUCAAAGAUGUUUGGGUCGACCAGGUGGCAUUCCAUGCAAUUUCAGAGCAGAAGGAAAAAUUGGAGGUGAAGGCCAUAAUGAUUGCUGAUGGAGACAGCAGUGUCUACAAUAGCAUUGUUGAAGCUAGACCUUACCAAAAUCUGACGGUAAAGAAAAUUGAGUGCCGCAACCACAUGCUGCGCAACUAUUGUAACAAGUUGAAGGAUGUUGUUACCACCAGUUUGCAUAAGGAUCUGUCCAAAGAGGAUAGAGGACUACAUUUGAAAAUGCGUAGGGUACUAGGAGGUCGCAUUAUGAGGCUGCGGACAGCAGUCACAAAAGCUAUCCAACAUAGAAAAGUUGAAGAAGGAGAAAUAAAUGAAAAGGCUGAAAAACUAAGGCUAGACAUAGUGAACGGACCCAGUCAUGUCUUUGGUGAGCAUCUUCACUGCAAAAGUCGAGGAUAUUUUUGCAACGGUCCAAAAGAAAAUGAAACUAAUUAUAUUCCAGAGAUGAAAGCAAGUGGAGUGUUAUAUAAAAUCAUGGAAGCUGUCAAUGUUCUAGCUGACCAUAGCAGCCACCUCAUUUACGACGUUGAUAGCAACAUGGUCGAACACUACAACGCAGUUGUGGCGAGAUUUACGGGAGGAAAAAGAAUCAAUUACAUCCAAAAAGGCUCAUACAGGAUGGGAUGCGCUGCUGCUGUGGUCAGCCACAACACCAACCAGCCGUUCUAUAAGCUGCAUAAAACCAUGUACAAAAGCAGCCCUGGCCUUUACGCCAAACAAUUUGAGGCCAGACAUAUGGCAAGCUUAGCGAAAAGGGCAGAGAGGAAUAGAAUGAAGCCCCGAAUCAGACGUUGUUUGAAUUUCACGUCCAAAGUGGGUGAUAGCAAUUAUGGACCCAUGGCGAAAAAACCCGAUAUGGAGGAUGAUCUGUACCAGAGAAAACUACAGGAACACAUGCAGACUCUUCAGAAGACAAUGCAAGAAAUUCAAGAAAUCGAACAAAAUACAAGAG